AUGGGAGGAGCUUCACCGUCGGCGGCGAAGUUCGAUGGUGGCAAGAAGGCGUAUGGAGCCGUGGUGCUGAUACAGCUGAUCUACGCCGGGAUGUUCCUCCUCUCCAAGGCAGCGUUCGACGGCGGCUUCAAAACUUCCAUCUUCGUCUUCUACCGGCAGGCCUUGGCCGCCGCCCUCGUCGUCCCUCUCGCCCUUUUCCUCGAAUGGAACCACGCGCCGGCGCUCUCGCUCCCCACCUUCUGCAAGAUCUUCGUCCUCUCCCUCUUCGGGAUAACGUUGAGCUUGAACGUCAAUGGGAUAGCUUUGAUAUACACUUCAGCCACUUUGGGGGCUGCUUCUGUUAAUACCCUGCCAGCCAUUACUUUCUUCUUGGCUCUUCUAUUUGGGUCGAGGGAUUUGAUGAUGAGCAUGCAGUGCUUUUGUGUACUCUAUACCCAACAUAGAAUGGAGACAUUGAAGGUGAGGACAAAACCAGGGAUGGCAAAGCUAGCUGGGAUAUUGAUAUGCAUGGGAGGAGUGGUAGUUCUUGCUUUCUACAAAGGCCCCCAUUUUAAGGUCUUGUCUCUCUUUAAACAUGAUGAUGACCUCCAUGGACAUGACCUUAAACCACAUCAAAACUCUACCUCUUCUCAUAACACAUGGGUCAAAGGUUGUUUCUUGAUGCUCUUCUCCAACCUUAGCUGGGGCUUCUGGCUUGUCUUUCAGGUAGGGAGUUGUGGUGACUGGAGUGACGUAUUACUUGCAAGCAUGGGUUCUGGAGAAGAAAGGUCCAGUCUUUCUUGCCAUGUCGACUCCUUUGGCUUUGAUCUUCACAAUGUUGUUUUCUACACUACUAGGUGA